UCGGGUCUCGGUUUUCUUCUCUGCGCAUCCGGGGGGAUGCGGCCGUUCGUAGUGGCGUGUCGUGGUGUUCCUUGGGCUUUGCUAAAAGGCUUGGAGUGAAGUGAGGGGUUGGGAGAAGGUGGAUCCAACGCGUCUCUCCAAAACGAGACUGCUCUGCUGCUGCUUUUACGCGUAAAUUGAGUGCUAAAACAACUCGGGCGCCACGAAGUGCAGGAAGCUGCCUCCGGUAUCUACAGAAUGAUCGGAGUUGUUGCUUUGUUUCGAUUUUAGUUGGUCUUUAACUGCUCCAACCUGCGCUGAACGCUUCCGACUUCGUAGCGUGCAGCGGCUGCGUGAAGCGCGGUGAGCUGUGCGCACCUUGUGCGCUCACACCGGGGAGGGGACGUGGAGCUGGGCACGGCUCACCUCCGAGGCACGGGUGCAGGUUGGACUGUCGGGUGAUGGUGCUAAGGAGAGCGCUGUUCGGGCUGUUGGAGUUUGGGGGUGGUUUGGCUCUGCUGUGGUGUGCGUCUGUUGAAACAGACUUUUUGUUUGAGAGCUCUGGAUGUGGGUCACAUAGUUACAGCCGGUGCAAAUGUAUUUCUUAUUGAUCUGGAUGUGCGGAAGCCGGCUGUGGAGGUAAAUACUGCAGCUACCAGGCUGAAAUUGAAAGCCUCAAAGCUGAAUAAUGAGCGGUGUAAUGAAUAGGAACAUCACUUCAUCUGGUUUUCUGCCUGAGGUAGAACAGUUUUGCAAGGUAACCCUUAAGGUCAGAAAUGGCAUCAUGGCAGGAAGCCAGGAAGUGGUUGCUCAAUAGUUUAAAAGUUUCUGAAGCUUAAAAGAUGGAAUUCAUUGGUUGAAAAUCAUGUCAUUCACUGGAAGUUACCCUCACAGAAUAAGCAAAUGGACAGGUGGAAGAACUGUGUAACAUGAGAACAGCAUAAACUUGUGCUGUGACAUUCUUCUGAAUGUCUCUUGAUACAAGCCUGUUCAGAGCUGUCAGUCUCCUGAAGGUCCUCCUGUGCCACAAGUUCUGUGUUUUGAUGUAACUUGUUUUCUAUCAUUUUUGUCUGAAAUUAAGAAAAAGCUUGUUGUGCUAACAGUAUAUCUUGAAAUGGAGGGGCUCUAAGAGGUGAACAAAAAAGAUGAGAAAUGUGGUACCAGAAGUACCUCUGCAAAAGGAGUUAAAAAAUAAAAUAAAUGCUAUUCUCCCACCUUCACUGAGCACACGGGGUUGCUUCAUUUCUAACAUCCACAAGACUUUGCGUGGCAUUUCCUGAUAAUUUUUCUUGUCCAUCUGUAAGCAAAACUUAGUUGUAUCUCAUCUGUCUGCCUUUAAUACAAGUUCAAAUGUUGUAAUCUGUCACACAAUAUAGUUUCAAAGCCACAGUGCAAGUACUUCCCAAGUUAAGUAAAACUUGAAAUAAAACAUAGCCUGGAUUUAAUGCAAAGCACUGGUGCUUGUACCUUAGUGUCCCUAUGUGUGUGUCAUUAAAAACGCUGCUCCAUCUGAUGUUACUGUAGUUGCUGCUUAAAAAACAUGUUUUGAGAGUUGACAGUUGUGUCGAGGAUCUGGAGCAGUACCUGUCUCCAGAUUCCAUUCAGAUUAAUUCUUAAAAUUCCCCUUGUUGCCCAAUUCCCUUGGCAAAGAGAGCUUGAACGUUACAGCAUGGUAUGAGUGGGAAGGCGUUCUGCACACGGCGUGUCGACUGGGAUUAUUGGGAGGCUUGAGUUCUAUCUGACUGCUUGUUGCUGGGUAGUAAAGUUGCAUUCUUCUUGAAGAGGAGAAGAAACCUAAGCAGUGUCAAUGGGAAUAUUUCAUAUGUGUGGUUUUUUUUUUCUCUUAAAGUAGGUCACAGUGUCCUAAAUAAGUCAGCAGAUCUAUUUCUGUAGUAUUCUGUAAUAUUUUAGGAUAAAAUAAAACAUUAUGUGAUGUUUCUUCAUUUUCCUCAGUGGAGUGCUUGAGAGUCUUGUCUCCCCUUCCCUGGUAUGUUGGUUCUCUUGCUGUGCCACACAGUCUUCUAAGGUUAGUAUUGCAGUGGAGUGGGGGGAGCUGCUGCUUUGGUGACAUCUCUUCCUGGGUAACUAUGGGAAGGCUACUUCAAAAAAGAAAAAGUUGUAGCCGAGCUGUGAGCUGCGAUGCACUUGGGUGUAGCCCAAAGUUUAGAAAACAGACCACUGAAGAAGUGCUGCAUUAAACGUUCAACUGAGCACUGAGUAAAACUGGAGUUAUUUCUCUCCUUAUAACUUGUACACAGCCCACUUAACUGACACAUGGGGGGGGAAGCAGUUGAUGUUCAUAUAAACUUAUAACUACUGUAUGCAUGCAGGCUUAGAAAUAUUCUUAGAAGUGGUAAUUCAGUUACUUCAAAACUGUGUUAUGUAACAAAACUAGGCUGUUCACCUGUUCACUUCAGGUGAAAGCUCAGCACUGAGCCAUUCAUGUUUUGCCCAUCAUGUCACGUGCUGACUGUCGCAGUUCUGGGGUGUUUUCUGUCUGCCAGCCUUACUGCUGGCAGCUGCUGGUCAGAGAUAUGUGUGUUGUGAUAGAACAUGAAGAAACGAUCUCAAAUGCUCCCCCAGGCAGGAGGGUGUCUGUCUUUAAUCAUAGAAUCACUUGAGUUAGAAAGGACCUUUAAGGGUCAUCUAGUCCCCGAAUUUCAGUUUGACCUGAAGAAAAAAGGCCCAGAACACAGCUGAUGUUGGUAUCUUUCUCUCUGUGCACAUUUAAUGUGGCAAUUGCUUAAGGCUUUUUAAAACAAAACCUUACGGGCUGCAUUGAGAAACUCUGCCGAAGGGUUUAUUUUGUUUUGUUUUACAAGCAACUUCCAAAAAGUAAAUGCAUUUUAUUUAUUUAUUUUUUAAGACUCCAGGGUUAAGAAAAUUGGUCUCUAAUCUUCUCUCCGCUAUUCAUAGAGCGGCUUCUGUCCUGUGACAGAAGGGAAAAAUUAGGGGGAUAUUGAGCAGUUGUUGUUGUCUCAACUUCUGUAUUGAGAGUUGUCUUGAAAGGAGUAUUCCUGAACUAAGGAAAUGAUGACUUCCUUGCUUGGAAGUUGAAAAAUACCAGGUUUUUGUCAAUGCCAGACUGAGGAGUUUCUGAAGGGCUGAUGGCAUAUCCAUGCAUGCUGUUCUGGAGACCUGUGUGGCUUUGGAGAUGAUGUGCCAGUAUUUCAGAUGGGCUGCGGGGGAGAUGGCCUUUGUACUCUGCUAGGCAGUAAGAUUUCCACAGCUCUUUCAGGCUGCUUGAAAUCCUCUACAGAAAUCCUCUUCUGCUUUAAAGCCAGGUGACUUUAAUUUUUUUUGUGUUAACAUACUUCUGAACUCUGUUCAAUUCUUGCUCAGAUCCCAUAACCUCAAGCACAGCUUGGAUCAGGCUAUGAGUAGCACUUCAUAUGCAGAAUUCCUGAAGUGGUUGGGCUCACAUCUUCAAGAAGCAAGUUGGUCAUCCUGGAAAACCUCACUAGCUCUUGCACAGAAUACUGGACCUGUAUUUCUCCAUCAUGUGAAGUAGUGUGGAAUCCAGUGGCACGAGCUUCCCAAAUACACAUGGGCUUUUUCAACGUUUGCUGUGUUGUCACUUGACAGAAAAGUGCUUCUAGCCUUCUCAGGAAGCAGAGGGCAUUGGCUCCCUUCUGAAGGUUGACACCAGGCUGGCUUUUUAUCACCAUAAACCGUUACAAUGGAAUAAGCCCUGUUUUUUUCCCCAUUUUUAUUUUUUUUAAAUGAAUGGUUUAAGGAGAGUUGAUCAGUUAGAGCAUUUGGUAUAGUUGCUAACAGUAGAAUUCUGUCACAUCUUGAUAGAGUAACACCUCUAAGCAUGUGUUUGCUGUCGAUCUGAAGUAUGCAAGAAAUCUCCCAGGUGUUCAUAGAAGGCUUUACUGGAACAUCUGCUGGUAGACUUUGUCUGAAGGAAGACAAGACUUGCAGGUGGGGCCGAAAUCUGUGUGAAACCAAAAUCUCUCCAGUAAAAUAUGAAUGAUACGAUCUGUCUGUCUGCUGUUUCUGUCUUGGAGAUCAAAAGUUGUUUUUUAACCUACAUCUUUCCUUCAAGUCCUGCUUGUUAUUUGAUAAGCAGUCUCUUCAGUGGAGAUACUGAAUAGUAAAAUUGACUUGUUUUGUGAAGGAGAGCUUUGUGCAGGAAUGCUGUUUUCAUUAGGCUCUCUAUGUGGUCAUGGACCUCAACGUUUAAUGGAACUUCCUUAAUUGGUACCUGUUGGUAAUGUUACAGACACUGCUCAGCACAGUCUGUGUUCGUUGGUUUUUUUGUAAUUCCUAUUCUCAGCCUACAACUCGUAAGACUUCUGCAGCGCUUCUCUGCUAGUCGCAGACCCUACAGUUAUAUAAAACAUGCUGUGAUAAAGCAAGCAACAGUCUUAAUAAUACUUGCUUAUAAACAGCAUGGAUUCAAGAAGACUUACUUACCUCAACGUGCUUUGAGAUAAUUACGUAGAAAUGUUAUAACAAGGUUGUUCAAGAGAUGAAGCUUUGGAGUUAAAACUGACUUUCUUCCUAUGUAUAAAUCUUGGAAUGGGAACUUGUUUUGUUACGUGGAGCAGUAACUGUAGAUUGUUUGAGCUUACCAAAAUCCUAAAAAUGUUUUUAAAUUUGACACGGUGUCUGAGGAUGACACAGCCAGAAGUUGGAGAGGUGUCUACCGAAUGACUUGCUGUUUGAGAAUUGGACAGGGGCAUCUUUUAAUACUUAACAAUAAGGUUUUGAUGUGAAGCUUGUUUCAAACUUCUUAGAGCUCUUCUUUUUGUAUAGUUAUUUCAGUGUUUGUGUGUCGCUUAUAGGUGGGAUGAAAACUUUCACCCGACUUGAAUGUUUUCUACCUACUUUAAAACUUCUGACAUCAAAGUGGAAUCAGUAAGCAGUUAAUGUUUUCUGUAUCUUACUGAAGCAGAAGGCUCUCUAAAAUUCUUUACUUUCCAAGUUAUCUUGUUAUUAAUUGACUCAAAGUGAACGUUGGUGAUCCUUAAACAGAUUUGUAGUCAGGGUACAUCUUUAAUAUAUUCUGUGCAUAUGAAUAGGUAGAAACGUUUAAAUAGCUGAAGAUGGACAUCAGAAGCUGGCUGUGUUGACACCUCACUGUUAGUACCUGGGUGCUGGCCUUCAAGCACUUGCACAGAAGGACCACAUGAGCAGUAAUGCUGAUCCACAGCCAGCAGCCUGCUCAGGGACUUGCCUUCAGUAAGAGGCUGCAGAGGAGGUUUUCAAAUGAGGUGUUUGUAGUACUGGCCUUGCCCAGUCCUUGAGCUGUGCUUUGAUCACACCUGAGACCAAGCUAGCUCACAGGGAAUUAAAUGAAAUGUGUAUGUCCUGAGGGGGGUUAGAACAUUCUUGCUUCCUUCUCAGCAGUACCUUUCUCCCCAGGUGUCUGCUGGAGCGUGCUCUGGUUUUGUUCCGGUACUCAGGCGGAGAUCUGAAGCUCUGUUCUUCCUAGUAAACGUUUAACUAUUGAGUUUAUGAUCAGUCUUUGACACAAACUGCUUGAGACCUGCUGUGAUCCCCCACAAUAUGCUCAGCACGUUGGUGAUUGGGUCAAUUUAACUGUAUGGAAAGAUGGGUGUGGGCCGAUUCUUCCUCUGAAAUCUCACAGAAAAGAGGCUUAGUUCAGGUUUGCAGCAUCUGGCUGCCAGAUCUCAUACAGUGCACAAAUGAAAUGAAUGUGAAUAUUCCACAGCUGGCAGACACGCUCUUUGAGAGAACUGCAAACAGUAGCUGGGUUGUAGUGUUCAAAGCUCUAAUUACAACACACCACCUCAUGAUGUAUGGAAAUGAGCGCUUUAUCCAGUAUCUUGCAUCUCGAAACACAUUGUUCAAUUUAAACAACUACCUGGACAAAAGUGCCAUGCAGGGCUAUGAUAUGUCUACCUUCAUUAGGCGGUAUAGCAGAUACUUGAAUGAAAAAGCACUUUCAUACAGACUUGUAGCAGUUGACUUCACCAAAAUGAAAAGAGGGAUAGAUGGAGUAAUGAGAACCAUGAAUGCUGAAAAGCUCCUAAAAACUCUUCCAAUCAUACAGAACCAGCAUGAUGCACUCCUUGAUUUUGAUGCAAAUCCAAAUGAACUAACAAAUGGUGUCAUUAAUGCUGCCUUUAUGCUCCUCUUCAAAGAUUCCAUUAGACUUUUUGCAGCAUACAAUGAGGGGAUUAUUAAUCUUUUAGAAAAAUAUUUUGAUAUGAAGAAGAACCAGUGUAAAGAAGGCUUGGAUAUGUACAAGAAAUUCCUAUCCAGAAUGACUAAAUUGUCAGAAUUCCUCAAAGUAGCAGAGCAAGUUGGAAUCGAUCAGGGGGACAUUCCAGAUCUUACUCAGGUCAGUGCACCCAGCAGCUUGCUUGAAGCACUGGAGCAGCAUUUGGCUUCUCUGGAGGGAAAGAAAACAAAAGAAGUCUCUGCUGCCAGCAGGGCUAGUGCUCUGUCCUGUGCUGUUUCCACGCUUGCCAACACUGGGAUGUCAUUGAGCAGGAUGGAUGAGAAAGAGAAGCAGCAGGCGUUGGAGGAGGAACAAGCUAGACUGCAAGCUCUUAAGGAGCAGCGAUUAAGAGAGAUUUCUGUAGUAUCAAAUUCUACUUCCACAUCAGCAUCCCCAAGCACCUUAUCAGGAAAAAGUGUGAAUACCACUGCAGCUGUUGACCUCUUUUCAGUAUCGGCACCCACAACAAAUAGCAUGCCCAACCUUUCCAGUGAUCUUUUUGAUCUUCAGCCUGUGUUUGUUCCAACUGUACAGGGUACUGCAGCUACAGCAACGUCAGCAGGCAGUGCUUGGGGAGGUCCUUUCUCGUCCUCAAAUGGUUGUGUUGAGUCUCCACCUCAUCUGGACAUCUUUGACAUGAAGCCAGUUGAAGAAGCUGUAAAAUCUACUGCCCCUUUCAUCAGUGCUAGCUUGUCUUCCAGACACACAGUGGAACUAUUUAGUGAUGACUUCAGUGGCCGUAAACCUACCUAUACCUCUGUGUAUCAUCCUCUGUCUGUUGAUGGUUUCCCUCUUCAUUCAGCUCCUCCAAGUGCCACCCCUUCAGCAAUCAAUGUUGACUUUGAUGCUGUUUUUGGAGGAAAAUCUACAGCACCGCAGUACAGGACUGCAAGUGAUGAUGUUUUGCAACCCACAGUACCACCACCAAGUCAAAGAGCCACCUCAGCCAACCAGCCAAGUGGAAAAAUUCUGGCAAAUGACCUUGAUUCUUCUCUCGCUAAUCUAGUGGGAAGUCUUGGCUUUGGAGGAACUCCAUCCAAAAAGUCUGAUAUGCAGUGGACCCAGCCUGCAGAGAAAAAACUUACUGGUGGAACAAACUGGCAAGCAAAAACGAGCACAUCGACCACAUGGAACCCUACUCCCUUACCCACGCUGCCACAUAUGGUGCCUGCUCCAGUUGCAUACCAAGUGACUACGCCUCAAGUGCCUGUCUAUGGAAUGCAGGUCCCUUCUCAGAUGGGAGCUGCUCCUUUGAUGGCACCCCAGUCAGUGAUAUAUACGCAGCCCGGUCUAAGGCCGACAAAUCCUUUUGCACCUGUUUCUGGAACACAGAUACAGUUCAUGUAGAGCCGCCAAAGCUGCGAGAUGUGAGAAGAACCAAAUACUGGUAAAACGAAAGAAGGAAAUCUUUCUGUGAUUUCUGGAUUCCUGAACAGGGUGACUAUUUCUCCCCUGUGCGACAUAAUGUUGUUUUGAAUUGCCGUGCUUUAGGGAUUCUUGUUUAUAACAGUCACUGCUGUGUGAAAUGGUCUUGGUCACCAAUUUCAAGAUUGCUUGGCAGGAAACUGUUCUCAGAGGCUGAAGGUUGACUUGGAAGGCACAAACUGGAUUCUUCUCUUCAGAGCUGAGGGGGUUACACGAUUGCUUUGCAACCUGGUUCUUCAGUGAAUUGUGUUAAGAAAUGAAUGGAAAACGUUAACUCUAUAUUCUCUCCGUAAAUGAGGUGGCUGUUGUAACCAAGAUGCAACUCAAAGCUGAGCAAUAGCUUUUUUGUACACUUAAAGAAAUACUCUGAUAGAGUAAUAUUUGUGUUAUCCUAAUGCCAAUAUUGUGUGAAAUCAGACAGCUCUGACAUCAGAAUAGCUGAGGGUAAUCUACAGCCUUUAUAAUGUGAGUUUUAAAUGCUGUGAAUCAACAAGAUCUCUACGUAUUCAGAAACGCAGAGAGUCAAAUAAGUGAUUGCACCACUGGGAUGCCAGUGUUACACAGCUGGUUGAAAUCACGGCUAGUUGAAAGAGCCUGGCUCUGGCAAGGGCUGCCGUAGGGUAGGGGAUACAAGUGUGUCACAACAGCACGGACAGCCUCCAACAGGUGACAGCAGGCGCACUUUCACUGAGUGUCUUCUCCACAAAGGGCAUCUUUCACAGCUGAAGGGAGAGUAGAUCCUGUUACAGUGAACGUAGAUCCCCCAAGCAGCAGCAGAUGAGAGCAGCUCAGAGCUCUGGUUGCUAGCUACAGAAGAGGUAAGCUCUCCAAUUUGAAAGGGCGAUGGGAGAAGGCGUCCACUAAAAAACCCUUCCCUUUGAGCUUACAGACUUUUUAGAAAGCAAGCUUUGCCAUAAUGCUGGUGUUUCAGAACUGGCAGUUUUACAGAAAUAGUCUUGCUCUGGUGAAGUGCUUGUGCUCCUUUUCUGAAACGAGAAUCUACUUGCAACCAGAAUAAAAGGAAUGAUUUUUAAAUACGUAAAUAUGUGCAAACUUGUAAAUAAGGUUUUCUUUCAUGCUGCGGUAAUCUUUUCCUUCUGUAGUAUUUUCAAGACAGAAAUGCUUUCUUAAGAAAUAGAGGCUUGAGAGGAAUACCUUGUAUGUGAAAUAAUUCCUGACGUGUGCUGUUGCUGGUGAGGCAGUUGUCUGUGCUUCUGGCACAUCCUGCAUAUUUCAGUCUUUCUCCAAAGUUUAGGUGGGCUAUGAAAAUGCUGCUUUGUAUUUUUUUGUUGUCCAAUGCAAAGUGAUAGCAUAUUGCAAAAAGGGGGGAGGGAAAUGGGCGAGUAAUGGGUGAACGGAACAGGGAGCAGAAUGCAAGGAAAACCUCUCCUGCCAAUUGUAAUGCUACCAAUGAUAAAUGUGAAAGGUGGGUUUUCAAAACAACAUCAGUCUUCUGCUUCUAUACCCUAAGUGGGCCUUGAGAGUACAGUGCUGUUAAUCUGGGUGUAAUUGACAACAGAACUGCAGAAAUCUGACCUGCUAUAAAUGCAGGUAGGCCUGGAAGUCCUGUCAGUCUGUCCUUUCCAGAAGAACUUGGAAGAGCAACGCUUUUCACGUUGCAGAGACAAGCUUUCUUUUUGAAUGCUUCAUUAUGUCCCAGGAGCGCGGAAGAAAUGAAACACACAGAAACACACUUGUCAAGUGAAACAGUUAAAAAAUAAUUAAAUGAAAACAACGGCAGAAGAGGAAAACACAGCAGCCCAGCUUACUGGCAGAUGUAACCUGGUAUGCUGCAGUUCCACGCCUGUUUGAAUUACAGAAGAGCUUUCCUCCAGCUCUCUUGGGCUGAACAGUGGCACAGUUUAAAGGCAAUGAGUUCUGCGAUGCCUGUAGUUGCCCUCUGGGUGAUGAGGAACAGAUGCCACUGAGAAGGGAUCACUGUGCUGAGGAGGCUGUUUUUUUAGGAGACAGGUACUUCCUUGGAUAUAUCCAGCAUGGAACAGUCUUGAGUUCAGAGUCGCAGCGUUUCUAGUAAGAAAUGAUGGAGCUGUGAGUGCUGCAGCCAGGCAGUUUCCAGCACCAGGAGCUGUGAGGUCUCUGAUACGGCGUUGCUGAAGUAAAGAUCUGUUCCGUUAUCUGCAAAUAAAUAUCUGGCUAACAGUAUGUUUGUCUAAAACUGAAACAGUUGCAGAGCAUUUGGAAUAUCCAGAAUGGACAGACUUUGCUGCAAAAGGAGGUACUAAUGAGACCAGCCAGCAGUUGUAGUGCUGCUCCACCUUGUGAUUUGCUCUGCGUUUCUUUAGUGUCCUUGUAGCAAAGCAAAGUGAGAGCAGCUUCCUAUUGGAAAAGGGGAGAUGGCCGCACAGUGCCCCCUGCAGACCUGCGAAGCUCCGCUUUUAGUCUCGUUUGCAAUGCUGGGCACGUGAGAACUGUUAGCUCAGCUUUAUCCUUGGGAAGAAGAGAUGGCGGGCACGAGUGGUGGGGGCAGUUCUGCGGAGUGAAACUGGGACGAGAGAUGGAGAUAAAUGUCACUUUCCCUUUUGUCUUCCAACUCCUUUGCUCAGAAUGCUGCUCUGAAUGCUUGUUAUCCGCGAUGUCACUCCACGUGUGGCAGAACAGGAGGAAGACUUUGCAGUAUGCUGUGUGCCUUGUGCCGCUGUACUUGAGCGGUUGGUUUGAGGCUGGCAGUCGGGACUCAGCAGUGCUGCAGGAGGGCUGUCUUCCAUGGCGUGUACAGUAAGAUGGCUGGGCUGCUGGGGAAGGUUGAUGGCGUUAGGCCUCUUGGACUCGACAAGUGAACCUCUUUUUAAAUAGCCACAUUUUGUAAUGCUCUUCAGGUCUAGUUCGACUUUGCCUCCACAAAGUGACAGACUUUUGACUUUUUUUGAAUUCAGACAAAUUAUUUACUAAAGAAAUCUCGGUUCUGUGCACAUAGAGAUGCAGUGAGUGUAGGGAAAAACUGCAAGCAGACAUUGCUAAUGGAGAAGGAAAAAACUAACAAUAAAGCCCCCAACUACGAGAUCGACUACAGGGUGUAUCCACAUCAGUUUUUUUCUGUGGCAGGGACUGGGGGUGGGGGUGGGUUGCAAUUUGAAUAGUAAGCGCUGUGGAUCGGUGCUUAAUUUGUAUAUAAAAAGGAACACUUGUGUUUUGGGCAGUUUGUAUUGUAAGGGCAACAUUUAAAGGCACUGCGUCUCGGUCUUUUAUUUCCAUUUUAAAGAUUAUAUUUUUGAGCAAUGGAAACUGUACGUGUGAUCAUUUGUACAUCUGCUGGCAGCUAUGAAGAGAGAAGAGCGUGCUGUUACUCAGCAGAUGCCUGAUUUGUGGUUGAUAUUUACAUUAAAGGAACUGCUCAGUAAGGCGGUCUUUAAAGAGAUGGCAGUAACCUCUGCAGUUACGAGAGUUGUGCCAGCAGGUCUUUGGUCUGUCUGAAACGUGCACCCUCACACCGCUCACACUUCAUCCUUUCCCAAGUGUCUGUCCAGAAUUUCUCUUUGGAGUAAUGGAGCGGCAGGUGCUGGAAUAGCUUCUUCCUCCUCACCUCCUCCACUGUUUACUUAGUAGGUCUUGUUUUCUAUGUGAUGCUUUUCCCCAGAACAGGUUUGUGCCUUUAUUGGAUAUUUAUUUAAAAGGACCUACUCUCAUUUAGGCUGUUGAGGCUUUUCUCGGAUGUUUUGUACAGCUGUUCCUGUACGUGAGUUGCUUCAUUUUCUAAGGAUAUAAGGUGUGGGAAAGCACCAUCCACAAGCUGGAGGGGAAACUUAUAGGAAAAGUACUGAGGGUUUGCAUUCUGUCAACUUCUUUUCUUCUUUAAGGAAAAAAAAAUAAAACUGAAGCCGAAGCCCAAAGUUGGCUGUGGGCUCUGUUGA